GGAUCUCUAUUGAGAUGGCCCCCUUUUGCAUCAUCGGUCUCCCGACCCCCUUGCUCUUAGAUUCGGCCGGCUUCCACAAUUUUUCCGGAUUUUAUGCAGUUCCGUACUAGGAUUCAGUGCAAGGACCCUCCGGUUAAACCCAACAGAGAAAAAGAGGCGGGGGAUAGUGAUGACGGCGGAGUGCUAGUUGAGGAUAGCGAACAUAGUGCGUCUCCGGAGGGGGAGGCGGACGUAAUUCAAGAUGACAAAGCCUGGGCAUGUUGUUAUUGCGAGAGCGCGUAGAGUUAGCUUAAGAGGAUGCGUUGGGGUGACUUUUCUGCUCGCCUUCCUUAUCCUCACCCGUCAGUUGACUCGGUUCAGUGACAGUCAGUCGAUCGACAAGUCGAAGCAUCCAACCAUGUGGAAAGGUAUCUUCCCCGCAGGGCUGCUGUCCCUUGGAUUAGUUAGUUCGGCAUCCGCUACCCUCCUUUAUGUAGCUUCAUAUGCUGGUACCGUCACGACGCUGCGUCUAACCUUGCCUGACGAUGACUGCGUUGACGGCACUGCUGCCACCCUCGCAGCCAUCUCCAAUUCGACCGGCUGUGGUCCAAAUCCGUCGUGGCUAACGUUGGACUAUUCCAAAAACUUCCUCUUCUGUCUAGACGAAGGAUUGAACGACCCUUAUGGAGGCGUGACAUCCUUUUUCACCAACAAUGACGGCACACUCACCACACUGAACAAGCUCGAGGUGAUACAAGGCCCCGUUAGCAUAGCUGAGUUCGGUGUUGGUGGGCACGGACUGGCUAUAGCACACUAUUCCGGUUCUAGCGUCAGUGCCGUUGGGUUCACCCCCGAGGGCAACCUCACUCUGGUGCAGAAUGAGACAUAUACUCUCACGGCACCUGGCCCUGACGCUGAACGUCAAGAGGCGCCGCACCCGCACGAAGCGAUAUUAGAUCCUACCGCCUCAUAUGUGCUGGUACCAGACCUGGGGGCCGACGAAGUGCGUAUCUAUCAAGCCGAUGCUAAAACUCUUGGGUUGACCCCUAUCGCGCCCCUUACUGUGCGGCCCGGGUCUGGUCCGAGACACGGUACAUUCUUAGUCACCCCGAAGAAGACGUACUUCUACCUCAUCUCCGAGCUGACAAACGCAAUCACCGGCUACGAGACCGUCUACAAUAAGAACAAGACUUUGAGCUUUAACGAGUUGUUCUACAUUCCUACCCACGGCGAGAAUAAAACUCUGCCGAAAGGGACAGGCGCUGCUGAAAUUGUCGUAUCGCCUGAUGGAAAUUUCUUGAUCGCGUCAUCUCGCUGGGAGAAUUCGUUCAAUAUCACGAACUUCGAUCCUAACAACAGCACGGAUAUUGCCUCAGACCCACUGAUAACUUUUUCUAUCGACCAUGCCACCGGUAAAUUAACCAAAGUCCAAGAGUUCGCUGCUGGCGGUAGCGGGCCUCGGCACUUCUCCGUUAAUGCGGAAGGUAACCUGGUAGCCGUGGCGCUGCAAGCGGACAGCCGCGUCGUCAUCAUCAAACGCGAUGUCAAGACGGGCAAGCUCGAGGACUACGUCGCGUAUGCGGAUAUCGAAGGCGAGCUGACCGCAGCCAUCUUCCGCGAGGAUUAUAGUACCGCCUAUAAGUCCAAAGUGCAACAUUAGAUUGCGUGUUUAAAUAACAUACAUACCUGGUUGUAUAUACGUCGUACGACUUAUUAGAAGCAACUAGCCCCCUUUUUGUGGACCGCUUUCGUCCUCGUAAACCUACAUGUACGUACAUCGUGAAGCAAACCUGAGUGGCCAAUGGUUGGCCAAUACGAACGGUAGCAAUACAUAUAUGUAUAAGAUUAGUUAACCAUGUAUGUAUAAUAAAACCGUGCAUGAUAAGAUAUACCUAGUUUAAGGUCAUGUGGUAACUUCGCUGAGCGGACCCCCUGAAAGCGCUCCAAACCGUCCGGAGCCUCAUUCACGAGCCCGAGGGGGGAAGACGCGAACAUGUGUUGGAGCCUCCUGCGGGGUUCGAGCCA